AUGUUUCGGAAGCCGAAAAACAAAGGAGCGAUCAGACAACGGAAAGCUGUAGAUUGGGACAGUAAUGACGCUGAAGAGAAACCGGCAAAUGACAGUGGAGUCGUGGAAGUUCAGGUAAAUUUAAAGAGUAUGAACGUUUUUUCUUGAAAGUUGAGUUUUUUCAAAAAGCUGUAUUAAAUUAAAGGUCGAAGUGACGACGGUAGUGAAGAAAACUGUGAUCUCGCUCAAGGAAGAAGAAAUAGAAGAAGAUGAUGGCUUGUCCAUCAAACCUCAAUCUAUAGUCAGUUUUGAUAUAGAUGAAGGUGAGAAUUUGUUUUUUGAAGCUUAGCAAUUCAAUAAGGAAGUUUUCAGGUGCCGACUCAACUUUCAAAGUGAAAAAGAACAAGAAAAAGGUAGAGGAGCUGAAGAGGAUGCACAGGCUGGAAGAAGAAGCUGCAGCUCAAGCCGCCGAGCUCAAGAAGUACGAAAAAGAGCAGAAGAAGGAACUGGAUGAGAAGAUAAACAUGGAAAAGAAAGCGAAGGAACAAAAGGAAAAACGAGUUGAGCGAGACAAAUAUCUGGAAAAGUACAGAGAUUCUUCCGCCAAGGUUUGUGAUUGACCAAAUGUUGGAUAAGAUUUCCAAUUUCAGCACAUAGAAACUGUUUACGACGAGGACCUUGAUGCGCCCUACGACAUUGACGAAUCAGAUGUCUCUAAAAAGUUUUCCAGUGCAUAUGGUAGUCAUGAAGCCACUACUGUUGGAGUAUGAAAGUUUUCAGGCGGAAUCCCAGAUUCUAGAGCCGUUUAUGAGGCGAGGAAACGUCGAGAACGAGCCAGGAGAGAAGGUGCAGAUGGAUACAUUCCAUUGGACGACGACAAGAAGAUCCGGCCGAAAGGAAUUCGCGAGAGACUCGUCAGAGAAGAUGAGAACGAUGAUUCCGACGAGGAAGAUCCCCACAAGUCCGUCGUUUUUGAGUUUUUGAGAAGUUACAUGGGUGUUCAGGUUUUACUCUUCAAGAGACUUGCUCAAAGGCGAAGAGGAACGUCGUAGAGAAGAACAGAACGAGUUUCUGGCCAAGGAACAAGGCGAAAACCUAGAUGAAAACGGCGUCGAAAGGGCUGAGGACGACGAAAUGGAAGAGUGGGAGCGGCAGCAAAUUCAGAAGGCCGUCAGUCGUCGUAUGGUUGGGAAACUCUCCAUUCUCUUCUAGUUUUUGAGUUUUCAGAUUGGCCAGUUGCGGGAAGAGAAACACAACGUGGGAAGGAUGUUUGGUCAGGAAGGUAGGGCAAAUCACGGCGAUAUUCUGGAGCCCGAGUCGAUGGAUAUGGACAUCGACAUGGACGUCAUCGUUGAGAAUUUCAAGUCGAAGCACUCUGGUCCGGAAAACAAGGGAGGAAGCAUCACUAUCGAAGAUACACUGGCAAAAAUGAAGUUGAGGUAGAGGAACUUUGAAAAAACGCUUUUGAAGGAUUUAUUUGAGAAUGAACGACCGAGAAGAGGCGUUGAAUGCUAGACGACGCGAAGUUUUGAAAAUGCAGCAGCAUCUCCAAGAAAAUAAGGACAUGAUCAUUAAGGUAAUAGAAAGGAAAAUAAGAAUGAUAAUAUUUUUUUCAGAUCGAAUCCGAGCUUCCGAGGCUCAGCACCAAGUUCUCAAUGUAUCAGGAACUGAGGAUGUACAGUCGAAGUCUUCUCGAAUGCCUGAACGAAAAGGUAAAGUGUUCGUUUAGGGAUUGAAUUUAAAAAAAUAUGUAAUUGAAUCCACAUAGUCGUUUAGUGAGCAAAUCACGCAAAGUAUAAUUUUCUCAGCCUCUCUGAAUCUUUCUAAGCGUUUGUGUAGGCUGUAGAAAUUGGUUGCUUCAUUUUCGAACGCAUAGCUGAUUUACGGCUGGCUUGAGCCAUCAAAAAAGGUCCUGACGCGAUAAGAAAAGAGACAGUACCUUGUUCGUGGAGAGCGCAGACAGGCCACGCCUCAUUAGAGCCCCAAGCCAGCCGGGAAUCGGCUAUAGAACUCUUACGCGGAAUUUACGAUAUCCAGUUCAUUAUGUAUUAUUUUGUAAAAAAUUCGAAAGAAAAAAGAGAUCUUGAGAAUUUAUAAAAGAGCAAAAACAUAGCUUUUCAUCGCACAAAUUGAACCCAGGUUGCGGAAAUAAACGUGCUGGCGGACAAGAAGAGAACCUUGAACAAGUUGAAAACGGAGAGACUGGCCAAAAGACGACGUCGAGACGUGCGUGACCAGUACGCCGAGUGUUCAGCGACGUCUUCUGGGAAGAACGUCAACACGGUCCGACAUGGCGACGCCGCCGUCCGAGCUGCAGAACGCGAGGCCCGCAGGUCGUUCAGAAUUCGUGUCUCUAGUUCAUCCUUGAUCAUGUUUUUUACAUUUUAUUCUCUCGUCAGAGAAGAUUCUCGGCAUGGGAUUAUAGAAGAGUUGUUGAAACUGUCGUUGAUCACGAAAGGCGUGUAGAGCGUUUCGCCUUUCUUGUAAUAGUAGUAGACGAUUUUCGGACGUUCUGAAUUUGAGCUGCUUCUCCAUGUAGGAAUAGUACGGCGCCCAGCUUGUUGGCGUCGGAUUAAUACUCCAAUCUCUUCACUUUUUUGAAUAAUGAUUGCUAAAUUUGUUCGAGGCACUUAAAUUAACGUAAAAGCGCGUAUCUAGAGAAGAAUUUUCCAGGAAAAUCUUUUUUUGUAAGAUUUUUCUUUUCAGAGGCCGGCGGAGAAGGGAGCGAGAAAGUGUGGCGAAAAACGCGACCCAUGAGGAGGGCCUGAGUACCGACGACGAAGAAACCAACAGUCAGGUCAUCGCCGACACAGAAGCCAAUCGUGCGCUUUUUCCUCGCUUUCUUCCAUUUUUCUCUUGUUUUAGAAGAAGUUGACGCCCUUGUGUCUACGAUAUUCGCCGAUGCCUUGGAUGAGUAUGCAAAACUGCGGAUCGUUCUUGAAAGGUUUUUUUUAGCUGCUUCUGAGAAAAUCAUUCAAAAGCAAUAAUAAAAGCAAUAAAGCAAAAAUUGUUGAAUUUUAUUCCGUAUUUCUUUUAAAAAAACUUUUUAAUAGAACAUCUCUCUUGGAUACAUAGAGUAAUUUUGUUUGAAUUCAAGAAUGAUUGAUUGGCUGUCGGUGGACACAAAAUCCUUCCAAGACGCCUACGUUCAUCUGUGCAUUCCGAAGCUGUCCUCGCCCUACGUCCGCUUGCAACUGAUCUCCGCCGAUUUGUUGAAUGUAGGGCUGAAAGAAGGCCAGAAAGCAAUGAAGAAUCCGCUUCAGAAAGACACGGAGAUGUCGCGGAUGCAGUGGUACGAGGACGCUUUGCUCGUCGGCGCCGAAAAUACAGACGUCGAGAAAGAGCAUCCGGUGAUCGUCGGCUUGAUCCCAGCGAUCGUCGAAAAGGUCGUCGUCCCCUUCCUGACAGGUGAGAGAGAUCCCCUCCAAGGUCUCGACCGACGGUGUCUGCAGACGUGGUCCGCGAAGAGUGGGAGCCGCUGUCUCUGCAGCAGACGCGGCGUCUCGCCCUCUUCUGCCAGAUCCUGCCCCAGUUGCCCACCAUCAACGACCGCAGCAAGACUUUCUCGGCUCUGAUGGAGGCCAUUCGCUCCAAGAUCAUGACCGCCGUCGAUGAAGACCUCUUCGUCCCCAUGUUUCCACCAGCGUGAGAUUUUCUUUUUCAAAGAUUGCUCUUAUUUUGAAAAUGUUUUAAGAUGGUUUUAAAGGAGAGCUUUUUUAAAAAUAAUUCAGCCUCCAUGUACAAAUUAUGUGCUUCGACAAAUCAAAAACAAUUAUUGAAUGUUUUCAGAGCCAUAAAUAAUCAAGCGACAGGAUGUCGAACACUUCUGGAACGACAGUUUUGGACGGCGAUAAAGGUAUAUCAGUGAAAGGAGAAAUGAACGCUGACAGAACCCUCUAGGGACCAGUUCACCCGCCCCUAUAAGGAUCACUUUUGCAAGCUUUAGUGGCCCAUGUAGGGGACAUGCUAUAAAUGUUAUGACUUCUUAGCGAAGAAGCAUUUCUAUGGGAAAAACUGAAUAAAUAAGCUUUUUUGAAUGAAAUUGAUAGACCCCUAUAGGGUCCACUUUAGCUUUAGGCAUUAAGAAGUCAGACCGUAAUUCCCUAUAAGGUUUUGGCGGCUCAUUUUCACUUUCGCCUCAGUUUGUACAUCUUAAACUUUCAUCACUGCUUUUUGCAGUUGAUACGCUCGAUCAACACCUUGUCGGGAAUAAUUUCGCUGGCAGCUCGUUUCGAAAUAAUCGUCGAAACAAUCGUUUCGCGUAUUUGCAUCGUUGCCCUUCGCAUUGGCCCCAAAAACGACGUCACUUGUGAGCGGAAGGUCAGAAGAAAUCCCCAUUUUCUUUUUCUACUGCGUUUCUGUUCAGCUCCGGGCAUUGUUCGAGGAGAUGCCGUCGGAAGUUCUGGCUAUGGGCGGAAUGACGUCAUAUCAGCAGAUUGUGGUGACGUUGAAAAUGUUAGCCGAAGAGCAGAAAAACGCGGGACGGUUUGUUAAAUUUUUUUCCUAUCCAUCUAUUUUUUUUUGUUCAGGGACUACUACCGCGACAUCCGGAAGUUCAUCGAGAAGAUUGAGCAUUGA